AUGUAUCCAUCAAACGAAGACGACGUCGAUCUUCUCGCUGCCUUCUGCUUCGAUCAAAGCAAUGGAGUAGAAGAUCCUUACGCGUUUAUACAGACAGAUCAGGAAAACCUCUUUCCGGAUUUCGGUUCGUCUGGUGUGAAUCUGCAGGGAGAGCAAGAACAAGUGUUUGACAUUGGAGCUCGAUUCGAUUCGUUUAGUGGCGUUAGAGUGGAAAACGAUGACUUGAGACCUUAUGAUGGAGUUGUGUACAGUAGCAGCAUUGGAUCAUCACAGUUGGAUUUGUCUGCAUCGUAUAGUGGAGCCUUGCAGCAAGAGCCACAACAAUUCUGUAGCUUUAGAGGGCAAAACAACGAUUCAGCGAAUCUUUUGCGGCAAGAACAGGAACAAGUGUGUAACGGUGUAGUGGAGAUCAAUUCUUCAUCAUCUGUUGGAGCUGUUAAGGAAGAGCAAGAACAUGUCGAGGAAGAAUGCUCAGGAAAGAGGAGACGAACUGGAUCAUGUAGCAAGCCAGGAACCAAAGCUUGUCGUGAGAAACAGAGAAGGGAACAGCUAAAUGAGAAGUUUAUGGAAUUGAGCUCUGUUCUUGAGCCUACAAGGACUCCAAAGACGGAUAAAUCAGCGAUUCUCGAUGAUGCAAUCCGGGUUGUGAAUCAGCUCAGAGGUGAAGCUAAUGAGCUCAAAGAAACCAACCAGAAACUUCUAGAAGAGAUCAAGAGUCUCAAGGCGGAGAAGAACGAGCUAAGGGAAGAGAAGCUAGUGUUGAAGGCUGAUAAGGAGAAGAUGGAGCAACAGUUGAAAUCUAUGGCGGUUCCAUCACCAGGGUUCAUGCCUUCUCAUCCAGCAGCAGCUUACCAUCCCAGUAAAAUGGCGGUUUAUCCCGGUUACGGUUACUAUCCAAACAUGACAAUGUGGCCGCCAUACUUGCAUCCUUCACACCACCGUACGUCUCAGGAUCCUCAAGAAGGCCCUUCUCCUGCUGCUUAA